AUGAUCGUGCGGGUGCGAAGCCGCGAUGGGCUGGAGCGGGUCACCGUUCCCGGCGCCGCCGACGCCACCACGGUGGCGGAAUUCAGAACCCUAAUUGAGGCGCAGCUUGGCGUGCCGGUCGCCGGGCAGGCGCUGUCGCUCGAUCAGAACCUCCUCCUGGCGAAGACAUCCGAUCAGGCGGCGCUCCUCUCCGGCCACCUCGCCUCCCACCCCCAUAGGACCCUCGCUUCCCUCGGCAUCUCCCAUGGCUCCGUUGUCUUUCUCUUCUACGACGGCGAACGCUCCGUUGCUCGGCCGCCGGGAGCGGCUGCUGUCACACCCGCCGGGUCGUUCGGCCGGAAGAUGACCAUGGACGACCUCAUCGCUCGCCAGGUCCGCAUUACCCGCCAGGAAGCCCCCCAUUGCGACGCCGUCUCCUUCGAUCGCGGCGCGGCUGACGCGUUCCAGCGGUACGUCAACGAGAUUCUAGCGUUCUCCGUGAAGCGAGGCGGCUUCAUGUACGGCCGAGUCGUGGGGGAGGAGAAGAAGGUCGAGGUUGAGUUCAUCUACGAGCUGCCGCAGCAGGGGACGGUGGAUCACCUGUCUCUUCUGCGAAACCCCGACGAGGAGGCCUUGGUAGAGGCGAUUGCGGCUGGACUUGGCAUGCGCAGGGUGGGAUUCAUAUUCUCUCAGGCAGUGGGGGCCAAAGGGGCUAAGGGGGAGUACACAAUGUCGGCGCAGGAGGUCCUGCAGGCGGCGGAGCUGCAGGCAGAAAGCGGGCUCGAGGAGUGGGUCACAGCGAUUGUCAAAUUGGAGGUGAAUGAGGAGGACGGUGGGGCAGACGUACACUUUGAGGCGUUUCAGAUGAGCGACACGUGCGUGCGGCUUUUCAAGGAGGGGCUGUUUGUGACGGAGAUCGAGGAAGGAGCAGAUCCAAAGCUGUCGAGGAUGAAGAAGGAUGUUAUUGCUGGGGGCAAGGACACAAGAGAGGUCGACAAUGACUUCUUCCUCGUCCUCGUCAAGAUCUCAGAUCACCAGGUCCAUUUACGAUGAACUAAUACUCUAUUCCGCUAUGAAUUUCUGAUUAGAACCUUUUACUUGUUUAUGUUUUGCUUGCCGUAUUCUCUUUCCCUCGAACAGAAUUACUCUGGUUUGUAGAUUACUUGGAAGCUCGGAAGCUUCCAUCUUUGCUGAUCUGUUCAUUCCAUGCUUUAAUUUAUUUAUUUAUUUAUUUUCUCAACUGAAAAUGUCUUGAUUUUAAUAACGGUUUGAAGUAUGAGGUCAAAAAGACUUGGAGCUCACGAAGAUGUACUAGAAUUAAUCUCCUUGUUUUCCACUGCUAAAUGUCACCGACAAAAUGGAUUACCAAAUGCUUGAAGUGCGGAAACAAUCAUAUCCUGCAGAUGUCUCCCAUCGAUCCCACCCUCAUCUAUUUUCUGAUACGCUUAAUUUAGGACAACAGGGAUUGGGUUCACAAGUUGGGAUUUUUUUCCUCUUUUCCUCUGUAGCAUACUAGAACUACAUCAAUUAUGUCUCAGAGAUGAACUUUGUCUGAAACUUCCAAUUUCUGCCUAGUUGCUUGCAUCCAAAUAACAGAUUACAGUUGAACUAUUCUAUAAAAACUGUUAUUUUAAGGAAGAUGGGGAAAUUAACUGAAAAACCUUGGUCUGAACGGUUAUCCCGCAUCCUGGAAAAGGUUCAAAUGAAGCUGGGUUUGAGAAAUCAUCUCCAUUGGGUUUACUUUUUUGAGGGAGAAACUAGUUUACUUUUAUGAAACAAAGAGAUUGGGUCAUAUCUUACUGAAAGGGAACGAAAAUGAGUGUCUUUCCAAACUAGUUUUUUUUUUUAAUCUCUCCAACCUAUCCCAACCCCAUCGCAGGGAAUUAAGUCCUUCCCUACUAUUCUUCCUACUUAUCAGUGACACGCUUUUCACCUUUGAUGCUGAACCUCCUCCUCUGUCACCCCCCCUUUCUAGUUAUCAAUCUAUCUAUAUUUCUAUAUUUCUAUAUAUCUAUCUAUCUAUCAAUCUAUCUAUAACUGAAAGAAAUGAUUUUAAUUUUUAAUGGAGGUACUUUGGAUCAGGGAGUUUAUGUUCUAUUCAAGACCAAGAGUUUUGCAUUGAACAGACCAAAGUGCUUUAAUUAUUGUGUUGCCCAAGAACAACGAGAAGGAAUGGCACGAUCUACUGCUAUGGUGGUUAUCUGUCUUCAAUGCUGCUGGCGGUAGACUGUACUAGGGGAUGGCCUGCCUACCUUUGCCAGAAAUAUUAGGACAACGGCUCCUAUAGGCUUAUUAACCUUUCAGUUCCACCAUCAAGCAUCUUCUAUGGCCAUCUGACUGUUGGAAAGCUUCAGAAUAUUUUUCUUUCUGUUCAUUGCAGCUCUGUCAAACGGGUCAUUUUUGAAGUCCAGGCUUUUCUAUCCCAGCGUACUGUUACAUAUCCCUACUAGGGAACUAUUUGCCAAUACAGACGUCUCAUCUAGCAUGCUCAUCCAUGUCAGCAUUUUAUGGAUUUUCAUAUGGAACUACAUUCUUAGGAACUGUUGCUCCCGACUAUGUUUGAGAGGAGCAAAGUUAUAUGAGCGUCGUAAAGUUGGAGAAUUAUGUGGUGCUUCAAGUAUAUAUAUAUGUGCAUUUAUUUUGGAUAAAACCCCUUUUUCUUCAGUACAAGGAGUGAAAAGAUUAUUUCGCACUUCUUUGAUCAUGUUAAAUUCUUUGGAUAUUCACUUUCAUUUUCAAGAUUUUAUACUAAUCGAUUUGAAUUCAACGGAAAGCAUCCACUUAGGAACCUUAAAUUUACUGUACAGUUGUGACGCUUGUUCAAAAAAGAGAAAACCAGAAAUUCGUAUGACCCAGUUUUCUUGAUGCCUACCUUCUGGGAUUCCACCUUAGUUCCCGCAUUCUCUUAUCCUUUAUUAUUUUUGUGUGGUGUAUCUAUGUAGUUUUAGGAGUAUAUACUUCUCUUGAUCAUCUUCCACCCGCUGACGAUGGCAUUUUAUUUGGUGCUGCGCUUGCGUCCCUUAUCCCUCUUAAUUUCAACGAUCUUCAUUGCCAGAUGUGAAUUUUAUUGAACUCUUGCAUCUUCAUUGCCAAUUGGGAAUGCCCUUCCAAUUUUACACAACGAAAAUUAGCCAAAUAUUUUUAGUUAUGGAGCCCAGAAAUCCCCUUAGACUCACAGAAAAGUUGGCUAGUAGGAACAGAGGGAAUUUUUUGGAAGGCUUGAUCGGGGGUUUUGUUUGAAACAGAUAGUGGUUCAUAGAUGGUUAGUUUAAGGAGAAUACUUGAUUCUUACUUCAACAUUACGUGAAGUAUGAAUGGGCCCUUUUGGAAUUGUGCGUAGAAGGCAACACUGACUUGCACAGCAGCAUUCUUCCUCGCAUAAGAAGGACGAUUUUAAGUGGUAAAUUCCACGCACAGUGCAUGUAAACAAUCCUGCGCCAGUUGUCCAAGGAUAUGAAAAAUUAUGUGGUAGACGUAUAAUCUCUUUUUUGCGUUAUUUAGCUAAGUUCACCUACCCAUGAAUCACUAGAUUCGACCAGUUCGGGUUCAUGGCUCCAAAGAGAAAAAGGGGAAAGUCUAGAAAGUUUUUGCUUCUGCUGCUUUGCGAGAAACCAUCUUGUCCAGGGGAGACCAACCAGUAGCCUCUGCUGAAUAUUUUUGAUGAUAAUGCGUCCAUUCAAUCUACGUUCUAGAAAUUUACUUAAUUAGCCAAUAAACAUUGGGUCCUGCUGGUUUCCUUUGAUUGCUCCCAAAUCAAUUUCAACGGUAAGCAGCAUAAGAGUUCAUCUUAUCCCUUCCUUGGUUCAUCUCUUGUAUAUGCCUUCCAUGCCAUUUGAUGAUGCUGGGCACCAAAACUUCAGGCUGUUUCACGAAUUCAGGCACUUUGCCCAUCUCCUUCUCUUCCUCAGUUCAUCUCUUUUACGAGAUUUCAAUGCAUAAAUCUGAAGAAAUUCAUGAAGCGUUUGAGAACUUGGACACCAGAGGGGAACCCGAUGUGAAGCUUUCUCGGUGGUUUCUUCUUCCAGGGCGUGCUCUCAUCUUCCUUCCCGGUGGAGAACCGGAUCACCACGGUAACGAUGCGGGCGCUGAAGAACCACCUGGACCGCGGGAAGGGCCUCGCCUUCGUCAAGCGGAUCUCGGACUUCCACCUGCUCCUCCUGCUGGGGCGGUACCUCGACGCGAACGCCGACGUCCCCGCGCUGGCCGAGUGCGUGCGCGCACAGACGCCCGUCCCCGAGGGCUACCAGCUACUGAUUGAAUCCCUUGCCAGCGCCUGA